UAUGCAUCGCUCUCCCAGACCAGACACCAAGUGCAGCAGUCCCGUCCGAACACCGCAGUCUGCCUGCAAUGCCCUUGGACGCUGUCGCUCCGUCCGCCUCGGCAGCACUCUGACCAGUCCGGUCUCCCAGUGAUUAUCCCGGACCAAAUAUUGCGGCAGCCCCAUCUGCGCAGUCUGAAACUCAUGGGGAAGCUCCAAGGAUAACAGGGUGCGGGAGAUCGCCACUGCAGAGAACCUGCCGGUAGUUCGCAGCCCCCGCAGCAGCAGCAGCAGCGGGAGGAGGAGAAGGAGGAGGGUUGCGCUGGUGUCAGAGGUUUCAGCGUCGCAUCCACUAUUCUGAUCACUUCAUAUCACCUUGAAUGGAUACAUCAUGGCUACGCUUACAUGCAGGGUGCAGUUCUUAGAUGACACCGACCCUUUCAACAGCACCAAUUUCCCAGAGCCCACCAGACCGCCUCUGUAUACCUUUAGGGAAGAUAUUCCUCUGAUCAAUCAAAUAGCUGGAGUCCACAGGCUGGUGAAAGCACCACACAAGCCGGAUGACUGCGCCCUCCAGCUGUCCCAUAAUGGAAGCUAUUUGGAUUUGGAGUCUACCCUGGCAGAGCAGAAGGAUGAACUGGAGGGAUUUCAGGAGGAUGGAGGGAGGGGCAAGAAACACAGCAUCAUUCUUCGUUCGCAGCUUUCAGUCAGAGUUCAUGCCUGCAUUGAAAAACUCUAUAACUCCAUAGGACGGGAGCUGCGGAGGGCUCUUUUUUCUCUGAAGCAGAUUUUUCAGGAUGACAAAGAUUUGGUUCACGAAUUUGUGGUAGCUGAAGGACUGACGUGUUUGAUCAAAGUGGGGGCUGAAGCAGACCAGAACUACCAGAAUUACAUCCUCAGGGCUUUAGGCCAGAUAAUGCUGUACGUGGAUGGGAUGAAUGGCCUCAUAUCUCACAAUGAAACAGUCCAGUGGCUUUACACCUUGGUUGGAUCAAAGUUUCGUCUGGUGGUGAAGACGUCCCUCAAGUUGUUGCUGGUGUUUGUGGAAUACACAGAAAGCAAUGCUGCCCUGCUAAUAAAGGCUGUGAACACUGUGGAUACCAAAGGAGGUAAAAAACUUUGGUCAAAUGUCAUGGAAAUCCUGGAGGAGAAGGACGGAGUGGACACCGAGCUGCUGGUGUUUGCCAUGACGCUCAUUAAUAAGACUCUGGCAGCCCUUCCGGAUCAGGACUCCUACUACGACAUGGUGGACUGUCUUGAGGAACAAGGUAUUGAAGUGACGGCCCGGAGACAUCUAGGCAGAAAGGGCACUGACCUUGAUCUUGUUGAACAGUUCAACAUCUAUGAGACGAUUCUUCGCCAUGAGGACGGGGACAACGAAGCCCAGCUGCCUCCAUGUGGCAGAAAGGACCGCCGCAGAGCUAGCGUCGGUGGUACCAAUGAGAGACGGGGCUUGGAGAGAAGACGGAGCCGGAGACAUUCGCUGCAGAAUAACAAAGACCAUACUUCCAGCUCAGCAACUCCAAGCAACUCUUACUCCCAUUCCAGUAGUUUCCUUCCCUUUGGUGGCCACCGAGUUGAAGACAUCAGCGAAAGAGAAGAGGAAGAGGAAGAAGAGGAGGAUGAGGAUGAGGAGGCCGAGGCAGAUGAUGAAAGCCAACCAGACACUGAACCCUCUAGACAGGGCUCUCACAGUGUGGCUCCAGAUGUAGCAGACACUCCUAACAUGUGUUUGAACUUAAAGUGUAUGACCAACAUCCUCCUUAAAGCCAGUGACCCUGCAGGGCAGAGAGACUUUCUCAGCAUCAAGACCAGGACACCAUCUCCUGUGUCCGUUGCACCUAAAAAGAGGACCUUUAGUCCUUGUCUGGCAGAUACUCCAUCUUCUACAAUUUACUCAGCUACAAAGCCCUGCUGGGCUGAGAGAAAAAGUUUUAAUGGGAGACAUCCAACUCCAACAUCACCCAUCCAUCAACUCAGUAGCUCAACACCCUCUGCCCCUGACACCAGGUCUGACAGGACUGCUAUCGGGAGCUUGCUGACAUCUUCAUACAGGCAACAUCAAGAAUCUCUGGCUGCAGAGAGAGAGAAGAGAUGUCUGGAAAGAGAGGAGCGUCUGCAGAGGAUUGAAAGAGAAGAGAGAAAUCGAUUCAAUCGUGACCAUGUGGAAAAGAGAAAAGAAGCGAGACAAGUCAGAGAGGAAAGGUGCAAAGCAGUAGAGAGGCUGGCUGCAGAGGAGUUUGAUCGGGAGCGCCCUCGAGUGCCGACAAGAGGACGUACAGAAAUCACCCUGUGUUUGAGUCCAACUCCGACGAACCGCUCAGUAUCGCGCUGCUCCACAGCAGCACCCUCUAUCUCACAGGAAAAGACAGUCACGGCUGCAGAGCAGAUGUCAGGAACAGAAAACUUAUCAAGUCCAAACCUCAUCCCACAGAUUAGAACCAAGAGUCCAGCACCUGAACUACCAGCACCAGACUUGCCCCAAACAGCAAAUAACAAAACUGAGACAAAGACACGUGUGGUUGCAGGAAUUUUUGCUACGAUACAGAGUGGCAAGAAAGGGGCAGCACAGCUUGAUGAGAAAGAGCAGUCGGGAAAAGAGAAGGAAGAGAAACAAGAGCAGGAGAUCCUUACAGAACCGGAGCGGAUUGUUGAUGAGGUUGGAGCUGAGGAAGCAGAGGUGACAGAUGGACCAGAGGUUGGAGAGCAGGAUGUUAAUGUGGAGGUGGAGUUAGAGGAGAAAUUACAACCUGCAGAUGGAGAGGUGGAUGGACAGAUGGAGGACAGUGUGAUGCUGAGUGAGAAAGAGAGACAGAACGAGGAGGUGAAUGAAAAAGACAACUGCUCCGCAUCCAGCAUCUCUUCUACAAGCAGCACUCUGGAGAGGGAGGAGCGAGAGCAGAAGAUAACUAAAGACACUGACUCAGGCCAAUGGACUCAUUGUUUAAAGGACACAGAUGUGAAUGACCAAUGCAAGAAGAUUCUCAACAACAAGCGCUUCAUGCUGGACAUGCUUUAUGCCCAGAAGGCCGUCUCAGAGGAUGACAGGGACGUCAGAGAGUCAGAGAAGGAGCGAUGUAAAUGUGAAAAGGAAACGGAUGGGAGUGACCCUAUGGCCAGUUUGGCCAGCCGGAUCUCCACACUGGAGGCAAAUAGACAGGAAAGAGAGGACUGUGUAAAAAAAUUAGAGGUGGGCAACCUGGACAACCACGGCAACGUCAGGGCAGUGGCGGAAAAAUUUGGGGAUUUAGUCAAGGGUCUGACAUGUGCACUGGAGAUGGAGGCUCCUAAAGAGCAACAGCAAACAGACAAAUCAUCUGGUUCAGCCCCGAAGAAAGAGUCGGAUCACAUCUGGGAUCAGCUGAUGGCGUCCCCCAGGGAGCUGCGCAUCAAAGAAAUGGACUUCACAGAUCUUAGAGAAGAGGACGACAUGGACAUUUUAGAUUUGGAGGGCGUGGUCAACUCACCUUCUCUGCCAUGCAGUUCUGCCCUCCCACCACCUCCGCCUUUGUUUGGAUGUCCCCCACCUCCUCCCAUUCCGGGCAGGAUGAUGCCUCCACCCCCUCCGUUUAUGGCUCCCAUACCACCGCCCUCUCCUCAGCUGGGUCGAGGGGACGCCCCUCUCUUCCAAAAGAAGAAGACCAUCCGUCUCUUCUGGAACGAGGUGCGUCCUGUGGACUGGCAGCGCAAGAAUCACAAGUUCUGUAAGGAGUCCCUGUGGUCCAAACUGGAGCCGGUUAAACUGGAUACGUCUAAACUGGAGCAGCUGUUUGAGACCAAAUCCAAGGAGAUGUCAGUAACAAAGAAAGCAUCAGUUGAAGGCAAACGACAAGAAAUCAUUGUCCUGGACUCAAAGCGCAGCAACGCCAUAAAUAUUGGGUUAACUGUCUUGCCCCCUCCACGCACAAUCAAGACAGCUAUUCUCAACUUUGAUGAGUAUGCACUAAACAAGGAAGGCAUUGAGAAAAUCCUCACAAUGAUCCCCACAGAGGAGGAGAAGCAGAGGAUCCAGGAGGCUCAGCUGAUGAACCCUGACAUUCCUCUGGGCAGCGCCGAGCAGUUCCUGCUCACCCUCUCCUCCAUCACGGAGCUGUCAGCGCGCCUGCAGCUGUGGGCCUUCAAGAUGGACUACGAGCUUAUUGAGAAGGAAGUGGCAGAGCCAUUGCAGGACCUAAAAGAAGGAAUGGACCAACUUGAGAAAAACAAGACCCUCAGAUACAUCCUCACCACCCUGCUGGCCAUUGGUAACUUCCUCAAUGGCUCAAAUGCCAAAGGCUUUGAGCUGAGUUAUUUGGAAAAAGUCCCGGAGGUGAAGGACACGGUUCAUAAGCAGUCCCUGUUGCACCACGCCUGCGCCAUUGUGGUGGAAAAGUUUCCAGACAGCACCGACCUCUACUCUGAAAUAGGAGCCAUCACCCGCUUGACCAAGGUGGAUUUUGACCAGCUUCAAGACAAUUUGGCCCAGAUGGAACGCAGGUGCAAAGCAUCAUGGGAUCACCUAAAAGUCAUCGCCAAACAUGAAAUGAAACCAGCGUUGAAGCAAAAAAUGUCAGACUUCCUUAAAGACUGUGCAGAGAGAAUUAUAAUUCUGAAAAUAGUGCAUCGCAGAAUAAUCAACAGGUUCCACGCUUUUCUGUUGUUCCUGGGGCAUCCUAUCUACGCUGUACGAGAGGUUAGCAUCCAUCGCUUCAGCAAGAUCCUGAGUGAGUUCGCCCUGGAGUACCGGACAACGAGAGAGCGCGUGCUGCAACAGAAACAGAAGAGGGCCAACCACAGAGAAAGAAACAAGACCAGGGGGAAAAUGAUAACAGACAGUGAGGAUGACGAUGACAGUGAGAGCGGUAAAUUUGGAGGUGCCUCUUCAGACGCACAGGAGAGUCAGUCUCAGGGUAUCCAGAGUGCUGACGAUGCAGCGGAACAUGAAAACAUGAAGGCCAUGUUAAAAAGUGGUCUGACGGACGCAGAGAGCAGCACAUCCACAGUGCCCGGCCUAAGGAAUCGUACCAGAGGAGGCAGUCUCAGAGGACGUAUUGCUCCAUGGUGUUCUACCAGCAAUGACCCUGUGAACUGCACAGACGACACAGCGGACGAGAUCAUGGAGAGGAUCGUUCGGUCCGCCACUCAGGGGCCAGGCCCGAGAACGCUACCUCGCGAAAGGAGACGAUCCCGACUUAACAGGAAAUCAUUAAGGAGGACACUUAAGAGCGGCUUGACGACAGAAGAGGCCAAUGCUCUCGGCUUGUCCGGUGGUUCAGAGCUGCAGGUGUGAGGAAGACCACAAUUACGCUGGACAUUAAGAUGACUCUCGGCCCUUUCACUGCCCCCUACUUCCGAUCCAGACUGGAAACCCACCCCUCUCUAGCUUGGCUCUCAAACCACAGUGAGCUGGGAUGAGUUGUUUGGUUUACGUACUGUGACACAAGAGAGAGGGGAAAACCGCUGCGAAAGAUCUUAGUCUUAAACCUGUGGGUAGGAAAAACAGCUUUGCAUUCUAACCACUAAGCUUGGCUUUUGCUGGAUGAUCACAGAAUGACUGCUUUCGCAAGGCUUUAUCACGGUCAUCCUUCAAAUGCGACUCGCGUACAAGUGCCCACAGAGGUUUUGCUUUGUUUUGUGUGCGCCUAAGGCUGCCAGUGCACGAGCUUUAAUCCCUGCAGCCUUCCCUGGAUCCAAAGGGUUGAAUGUGGUGCAGAACCGGAAUCUUAAAAAGUACUUUUUGCUGGGGGUUGGACAACGUAUAGCUGAGCUAAAUGACAUUUCAUCUAUUGAAUAGAUGGCUUAGUGAAGAUGGUUAUUUUGUUGUUUACUACUGGGGUAUUUUGUGUUUCGUUUUGGUCUGAAAAGGUGCUUAAAAAAGGAACAUUUGCACUGGAUGUAAACGUUGGCUAUCAUUGGAAUGUGAGAUGCUUGACACUGAUGAACCACUCUGACAUCUUGACUCUGACAAUAUGCUCAUCAAUGUGCCAGCUAUUCAGUAGCAGUUUUUACGUGACUGAAGUGGACAGAUUCAAGGCAGAUGUGCAUUAGUUUACAGGUGAAGAAGGAAUUUAUUAGUGUAGAUAUAUUUUUUUUGAAGAUUAUAAUGAAACAAAAUGUUCAGUGUUUGUUGGAUCAAUUCUUAAAUAAAACUAAAAGGCUGGCAAGUAUCCAAGGGAGGCAGGCACAGUUAGUACUCUUUACAAAGUUGAGUUGUAUUUUAUAGAAACUAUGAGCUGCACAUUUCAGUGCCUUGCUGACAGUUAUUUAUUAAGACGCUUUCAGGGACAUGUGAUCACAUAUUGUUACUACAGAUGUGCAGUUUGUGUAUGAGAAAAUUAUUUUAAUGUUCAUCAGUCGAUGUUUUUAAACCCAUCAUGGCAAAAUAACUUCUUUUUUUUUUACCUUUAUGAAGAUAAUGUAGUUUCUACAGCUUCAAGUUGUACGUCAUCCAAGUCCUAUCGUUUGGCCUUGGUCUAAAAUUAGUGCACAUACAGAUCGAUUAAGGUAAAGGAGAUGUAACAAUUGGCCAAACUAAUCUGUAGUUUAAAUGACAUUAAAGAAGGUUUCACUUUGUCCUGUAAAGGAUAUUUGAGUAUUUCUUUUUUUCUUUAAGCACACUGCUGUGAAAAUCUGAAGUCAUCCCUUUUUUGUAUAUUUUACCUUCAAAAAUCCUGACUACGGAUGCCAAAAAGGCUGUCUCCCUGAAUUCCCAAGAUUCUCACCUUAACUAUGAAUUUCCAAAAGGCUGUCAAUACUUCAGAGUUCAGUAUGUUCCAAACCAGUCAGAUUUGGAAAAGCCUUUCUGCAUUUUGCUCAGCCCUCCUGUAAACUGGUAAAAGUUUUGCUCUCUCAGUCUGAAUGGAUAAAAUCUUUGUGCUUCCUCUGGCUUUAUUUUUAAACAUUUCACCAUUUUUGAAAAUGGCUUUGAGUUUCCUUUUCUGAGUAAUCUGUACAAAAUGUUUUGGGUUGUUUUUUUUUGUUUUUUUUUUUUUACAGCAGUCUGGUGCAUUUACUGUUGGGUAUAAGAUCUGAUUUUUUUUAGUUUAUUACUGACAAGUCAGUGAUCAGGAACGAUCAAUAUAACAAUUGUCCAUUUUCAAACACUAGAUGAUUUCUUGGUGCAUCUUGAGGCAUUAUUGCUUAAACAGUCAUUCUCAAAGAUGCAAAUUGUUAAAAAAAAAAAAAAAAAAAAAAGACAAUGAAAAGCAAUCCUCAAAUGGCUCCUCUAAUUACUUUACAGGUGCCUGUAAAGAUCUGUACAGGUGCCCAUAGGAGUAUAAAUAUUUAAUGCAGAUGAACAAUAAAAGAAAGUUUGGCUUUCAUUAAAUUUACUUUGUAGCUCCUCAUUUAGCCCAAACCUGCCAUGGAAAUGAAAAAAACAGACUAGAUGCUAUGAAGGCAACGAAAAACAAAAGCACAGCAUUUUGUUCUGUAUAACAUAUAAUUAAAUCAGUUUUGUCAUCCAAGGAACAAACAUAAGCAGGGAAGCAGCAGUGGUGUAAUUGUUUUAUUCCAAAUGACACACAGGACUUGCAGCUUUGUUAACUUUCAUUCGUUUCAACUCCACAUUCUGUGUGUCCUCACUCAGUUCAGUGUCUUUCUCUUCAGCCGCUGGCUACUCUGUUCCGCCAUCAUAACCAGAUUCAUAUAAACUCCCAUAUGUCAUCAAAAACUUAUUGUUUAAGAACACUAAAACUUUUGUUGUUGUUUAUAAAGGCAGUUGUUUGUGUUUUUCCAUUAUUACUAAAUAUAGUGGCAUGAAAACUUGGAUCAGCAGAAUUUAUUUUGACAAAGUAUUUGCAAAAAAGUGUUUUGAGCUCGAAGAGUCGAAUUUUCUCAAAUCCCUAAUAAGAUUAUUUUCUACCAAGGAUUGUACAUAUUUAAAAUGUCUGUUCAAUAUUAUGAAGUUAGAAGUGGCGCAAGACUUUUGCACAAAACAGUAUGAAUAAACACGUAUGUAAAAAAGAUAAUAGCAAAAUUUGUCAUAAACAUUCAUCACAUUAAGACAAUGCAAAACUGAGCCAGACUUUAAAGUCAAAUAAAAUGUUUGCAUAUAAAAACUCAUUCUGUGAUCUGUACAUCUCUUUUUGCAAUUACUAGCGUGAGUAUAUUCAGUUUUAACAAAGCUUAGAAUUUCUAAGGCAAAUGUAUUUACUUUACAAAAUGUCACUGUAAAGGAUUUACAGCAGUUACAUGUGUAAGGAGCAAAAGACUGGAUUAUUGCCCAUUCAAAGUCAUCUUUAUAGAUGAAAGUAAAUUUUGCAUUAUAUUUGAAAAUAAAAGACUAAGUUAGUUGAAAUCCAAUGUAAAGUUGGCAGUCAGUGAAGAUUUAGGAAGCCAUGUCAUUUACUUGUGCUCCUUCAGUGUUUCAUCGAAUCCAAAAUCAGCAAGCUAACGAUAGAGCACUUAAGGGUUCCCUCUGCAAGCUUUAUGGAGAUGCCGAUUUCAUUUUCCAGCAGACCUCGGUACCUGUCCACACUACCAAAAGUACCUACGUCUACUUUGAUGACCACAAUAUGGCCGACACUGGCCUGCAAUAAUAAACCCCAUAAGAAAAUCUAUGUAUGGUCAAAAGGAAGAUAAGACCCAUCAGAGCCAAUAAUGCAGAUGAGCUGAAGGAAAUUUACUCAACCUGGUCUUCAGGAUCACAUCCAUGCCAUGAUGAACUGAUGCAGGAGCUCUGAUCAGCAUGGAGUGCAUACACUGCAGUAUUUGGAUGUACUUUUGAACAGCCCCGAUUUCUGAAAUAAAUGUUUAAUGGAGAGCUUUAUUUUGAAACAAAACUCUGAGAAACUGGAUUUUGGGUCAAACUCAACAGACGGCUUACAUGAUAGAUGUGUAAUAGCAUACGACAAGUUGCAUUUCCAGAAGCAAAUUACUGAAUUCUAUUUUUUAUAUAAUUUAUUAGGAUGCACCUAUAAAUAAAGGAAGUGUAAGUACCCAGACUGGACAAGUUAUCAAUUAUGAGAAAUAAUAGAAAUUAUUCAAUAGUGGUAAUUUCACAAAGUGUUUUUUUUUUUUUUUUUUUUUUGUUCAUUUUGGCCCUGCGUGUGAAAAUGUUCAGGAAAAGCUGAAAGUGUUAUUGUGAUGGUUAGGAAAAUUCAGCCAGCCUGGCUUUAAGAAACUCAACUUUUUUUUUCUUUUUUUGCUUCAAAGGGGUUUUCUGAGCUUCAGAUAUUAGAUGCAUUUUGGGGUUUUUUGGCUUUUUUUUUUUUUUUUACAAUAUGAUCAAAUUAACCAGCAACUUCAAGUUUAAAGCCUUUGAUUUUCUUGCACUUCAUUUCUUACUUUUAGCCCAUAUGUACUGUAGCCUGUGCCAUCUCACCUCAAACAAAAACAGUAUUAAAACCAAGGCUUCUGUUGUAUCCAUCCCCACAGCAAAUCUAUGUAACUACAAUAAAAAGGCUCAUUGAAACACCUUUGGGACUAUUUUUUAAUCAUCCUUCAGUUGUACUGGAUUUAAGCAGAAAAAAAAAUUCACAUGUGACACUUAUGAUGAAAAUGCAAGAAAACCUUAAUCUUCUUUAUUGUUUUAGUCCACAAAACCCAUGCUUCAAGUUACUUGAAAGUUCAAGAGCGCAGACGUGGAUGACGGGCUGCUGAUAUUGCUCACAUAGUGUUUUCUUGUAUAGUUUUUCCCACACAGACCUCAUUUGGUCUUGUUUACAUCAUCUGUACAUCAAGGUCUUCUGGGUUUCAAUUUGAUUAUGGUUUGCUUUUUUUUAAUUAUUAUUAUUUUAUUAAACAGCAGAACUGCAUGAAGAAAAAGUAAGCUACCUACAAAAAAAUGAAGAGAAAGAUGGGGAGGAGGGAAAACCAAGCAUCACAAACAGCACAAAACAAAGCUGAUCAGUCUCAGCAAAUCCAGUGCAACCCAAAACACAUUUUUGCUUUAUUCCAUCUAAAAACAAGGGUGCAUAAUAACAUUAUACUUGGAAUUUAGCAAUUACUCUAAUUUUUUAUGUGCAUUUUCCUUGACCCUUUUGUUUAGCACAGUACCUCAUAAUUGUAUAGAUAAAUUACAUCAUGGAGUAUUCCCUUUCCACUGGACAUUUUGAUCUUUGCAAAACAUUGAAUAACUUGACAGGCUUUUGCAGGCGUAUUAUAUUGCUACAUUUUAAAAACAAAGAACAAAAGGAAUUUCUAGUUUUGCAUAUUUUCUUAGUUUUAUGGUUUGGUGUGCAACUUCACCAGUAAUGUCAAAUCGUCUCUGAAGUAGCACCACAACAACAAACAGACAAACAAACAAACAAACAAACCCCGAAUGCCGGGAAGGUCAGGCCGGUUUGUUUAAAGUUUGUUUUAAAAGUAGCACAAAUCCCAAAUGUGCAGUUAAUUCCUGUCAUAAAAUACAAUAGGGAACAGAUUUGAAUUGCUUUAAAGGGAAAACAUGUAAACAUGUAAGCAACAGAUAAAAGAGACGCAGGCUUAAUUCUGAGAUCAUUUCAACCUGGUGUCAAUCUCAGGGUUCAGAUUCGGUCAAGUCAAUUCAGAGCUUCUGGACACCAUAAUGAAUUGUUAGAUUUGAUUUAAAUUAAAAAAAAAAUGUUCACAAAGCAUUAUUCAAGAUG